CCUUCUGCUGUGGAUGCCGUUCCGUUCGUGCAAUCCUAUGCGCGUGUCUGUUCCGAUAUAAGUCCCAUUGAGUUAAAUGGAGGUUAAGCGGGGUGUUGUCACCUACAAAAGUUCAAGCUAUUUUGCGAUGUUUUGUUAUUGCUUUUUUUUCUGAGAGCACAGUCCUACUCCGAAAGUUACAGGAAUGAAGUUCAGGAGUGCAACUGGAGGCUGAUUUUGGCCUGAGACAAAAUGGCCACCAAGGAGGGAGUUGCCCAGUUUCCUGCCCCACUAGAGCAAGGGGUGCAGACUGAGGUUAAAAUGGAGGAGGGAAACCCCCAAAUGACAGAGGGGUGUGAAAAAUCCGUUCACAUCGUCCCUCCUGGGAGCAUCAGGGAAUUCUUGCCAUUGCCAAGGAGGCCAGGAGAAGAGGUAAAACAGGAAAAACAUGAAGGGCAGCCUCAGAAAUGGGAAGCCAAAUGGCAGGAGUUCCUGAAGAGAAUGGAGUCGCCACUGUCAACCUGGGAACAUCCGCAACAGUUGGAUGAACCUUGGGAGAAUCCUCGGGUUGCCCUCACGCCCGUCAAAGGACCAGCUGUCGCCCCCCUCCAAGCUGCCAAAGAACAGGAAGCCCAGACCCAACUAGGUCUUCACGGACCACGCCGACAAAUCUCUGAUGAGCCUGACUGUGGAGGUUCAAGGAGAGUGAAGGAAGAAGUGGAGAGCAAGAGUCCUGGCAGUAUAGAGGCAACACACCAGCGCUUCAGGGGCUUCAACUACCAGGAAGCCAACAGCCCCCGAGAGGUCAGUAGCCAACUCUGCGUCCUUUGCCAUCGGUGGCUGCGGCCUGAGAGGCACACCAAGGAGCAGAUCCUGGAGAUGGUGGUCUUGGAGCAAUUCCUGGCCAUCCUGCCCCAGGAGAUGCAGAGCUGGGUCAGAGAAUGUGGACCAGAGACCUUGUCCCAAGUGGUGGUCCUGACUGAAGACUUCUUGCUGAAAAAGCUGAAGGUAGCUGGAGGGGGAGAGCAGGUUCCGGGCCAAAUUAAAGUGGCAAUCUUGGAUUUCGCCAUAGGACAUCCACAGAAACACAGAGGCAAUCGGAAAGCCAGAGAGGAGGAUGGUACUGGAGUCUCCACUUCACUGGGGAAAGGAUUGGAGAACAUGCAGGAGGAGGAGAGGCACGCUAUGGAAAGGUCUGGGCAAGUGGCAACCCAUGGGGCAUCCAGGGGAAGAGCACAAGGCAAGGCUUCUCUAGACGAAUCUGGGAGUCUGCAUGGGCUGGUUCAGCAGCAACAAGGCAGCUGUCCAGGGACAAGAGAGCGAAAACCAGAUUCCCACAAGGACCACGAACCCCUCACCGAAACUAUUGCACACCAGAGAAUCCACCCUUGGAAAGACCUGGACAAUGUCUGUGGGGAAAGCUUCCAGCAGGCACGAGGCCUUCCUAAACUCAAGUGUGCCCGCACAGGCUCUCAGCCACACAGAUGCUUGGACUGUGGGAGAGCCUUCUUUAUGCUGUCAGCUCUGAGGACACACAAGAGAAGCCCCACAGCCUGUCAGAGAAUCCACAGGGAAGGGAAGGGCUCUGACUCUGUAAACUGCAGUGCCCACAGCGCCAAAGGCUCUGACCAAGAGGCCAGUGUUGGAUCUGUUCAAUACCGUCAGGUGAUGAUUUGGCCGUAGGAAUAGAUGAUACGUGGUUUUUUAGAGUUGCGGUGGUGACAAAGCCAGAUGACACUGCAAACAUUUUAGAGCAGGGGUGGGGAACCACUUUCAGCCCAAGGGCUGUGUUCCCUUGUGCUAAACCUGUGGAUUAUUGUUAUUGUUAUUUAGAUUUGUUAGUCGCUUGUUACCCAAAGGUCUUCAAGUGACUUACAGCUAGGGGUGUGCUAGAAUUUUGUCCAAUUCAGAUUUGGUACCACAUUUUCCAUUAAUUUGCUUAUUCUCAAUCUGUGAGAAUUGGAUUUUAAUGUAGCAAAUUUCCGCAGCUAUUUGUGAAAAUGGAUUUUUUUUAAAAAGUCCACCUCUAAAAACAUCAAUUGUAAGAAUUAUAAUUUGACAAUACUUCCUUUAAAAAUAUUUUUAAAAAAGAAAAUAUAAAUAUUUCCUUCAAAAUACCAAUAUUUCCUUUAAAAAUAUUGACAUUAAUAUAGUUUUUUUUCCAAGCAAACAAAAGUAUCAGUAAAAGCAGAGGCUAGCGGACAAGAAUGAACUUGAAUCAAUUCCAGCCUGUUAGGUCAAUGGAAUGCUUUUGAACUGGCACCAGCCAAGGGAUCCCAUCCCUCCUUAUAACACAUUAAAAACACAAAUAUCAGUACAUAAUACCAUAAAGCCUUUUAAGCAGAGACCUUAUCCCAGUCUGUGUCUGUGCUGGAAUUGCUUUUUUAAGAUGCUUUUAAGUUGUUCUUUUUAAAAGAUGUUUUGUUUUAGUGUUUUAAAGUCCUUUGUUUUUAAGAUGUUUUAAAGUGCUUUUGGUGUUUUUGUUUCCUGCUCUGAGCUCCUUCUAGGAGAUAUAAGUUUAAUAAAUAAAUGAAUGAAUAAAAGCAGAACAAACAGCCCCCAUAACAGCCACAGGAAUCUUGGCAGUACAUUAAUAACAUAUUAGGCCCUACAAGCAACAGGGGAGGUCCUGUUGCUGGUGCCGCCUGUGGUUGCUGCCUGGUUGGCAUUGGCAGCCAGACAGGGCCUUCUCAGUUGUGGUUCCCCAUCUGUGGAAUGCCCUCCCUGAUGAGGUGCAUCUGUCUCCCUCACUACUGACUUUCAGGAGAAAUUUAAAGACAUUCCUGUUCACCCAGGCAUUUGAUGGUUGAGAGAUAUUAGCUAUGGCAACCUUGAAACUAGGAACUGUGAGGGUAUGUGAUUGUUUUUAAAUGGCUUCUUAAAUGUUUUAGAUCAGUGGAUCCCGUGGUCCACUUCAAAAUUGCUGAGGGCCUUGGUGAACCGUUCAAUUAUUUUUCUGCCUG